UGAUCGCGAGGGCGGUAAUGAAGUAUGAUUGAGAGAAGUUAACAUGAGGGCCGCCCGCCCCCCGCCGCCCGCCCUCGCCGCCCCGCCUGCUCGACCGCAGCUGUGGUGACAGCGCGGGCCGGCGACAUGUCGUGACGGCCGGAGAUGACCUCGGGGAACGAUGGCCCCCGACGCCGACUGCGAGGAGGCGAGGAGGCCGAGCGAGGAGUACGCGCCCGUGCACCAGGGCCGGCGGAUCCUGCCGGACCUGCCACCGCCGGCGCGCGCCUGGACCGAGACCGAGGACGCGCCCGGCGACAGCCGCACCAACAGCCCCGGGGAGAGCCGCCGGCUGCUAGGCCACACCGCGAAGUCGACGCCGCGCCGCCAGUACGAGAUAAACCUCACCCUCACCAGGAAGACUCUGAAGUGCCCGCCGCUGACGAAGCAGACGAGCGUCUCGGCGAAGACCAAGUUCCAGAAGCGGAAGGAGAAGAUCCUCGACGCGCUCCGACCGCCCUACUUCAUUAUAUCCAUGAUCGCCAUCAUCGUCCUGCUGCACCUGUGCGGGCCGGCGCGGUGGCAGGCGCACCUGGAGUGGCUGCCGGGCCCGCGCUGGAGCGAGCCCUGGCGCCUGCUGUCCUACGGCCUGGUGCACGCCACGCCCAUGCACCUCGUGCUCAACUCCCUCGUCGCCCUCGCUGUGGGUUGGCGGCUGGAGCGCGAGCAGGGGUGGGCGCGCGUGGCGCUGGUGUGGGUGUCGGGCGUGGGCUGCGGGGCGCUGGGGGCGAGCGCGCUGCAGCCGCGCGUCAAGGUGGUGGGCGCCUCCGCCGCCGUGUACGCGCUACUCACCGCGCACAUACCCAACGUCUGCCUGAGGUACGGUCACGUGCCGCUGUGGUGGUUCCGUCCGCUGUCGGUGUUGGUGCUGGGCGCGUCAGAGGGCGUGGCGCUGCUGCACGCGCCGUCGGACGGCUCGCCCGUGGCGUGGCCGGCGCACGUGUUCGGCGCGCUGCUCGGCCUACUGCUCGGCUUUAUAGUCUUUACCGGUGAAAACUCGUCGAAAGCCUACAUAGAGAUCUGCCGGGUCGGCUCGUUCGUGCUGCUGAUGACGGGUGUACUCACCAUGACAGUGUUCUACAUACACAAGUACCAGGUCGAGCUCGGCACCUGAUAGAUCGUCUUCCAGACGAGGAACAAGCUAUACAGAAAAUAUUUGCACUGUCAGCUGAGUAUGGAAGUCAAUAGAUGAACUCUGGGCUGAGUAGCGGUCCCUGAGGGACUACAUCUUGUGUUCGCUAGUCAAACCGACGUGAACCUCAAUACUCAUGUAGUUUAGUUGUUGACUGUUAAAGUGUACAUAAAGCUCUGGUAUAUGGUACAGACGAUGAAAUAGACGAAGUAAGCAGUACAUACGUACGCUUAAAGGAAUAAUUAUUAUGUAACCGAAUUGAGUACAAUGUAAAAAGUGCGCACAAAAUUCAGUCUUCCAGUAUAUUUUGAUACGUGUCAUACUGUCGCUGGGUUUGUUUUAGGCGAUUUUGUACAGGUCUAAUGAAGUAACCAAAGAAACUGUUAGUGAUUUUUCAUGUGUAACCUCAUAGUCGUUAUUGAUUUCAUUGUAAGAUAAUUGUAAACCAAAUACCGAUUAUAUGAUAACAGUAGGGAAGGUACUUAUGUGUUUUUACAUUUAUACAAUUUUUUUAAAUUUUGUACAUAUAAAUAACAUUGAAAUAUAUUUUUAAGUGUACAUUGUUGUUAGAUAGGUAUUUACAUAAGUGAAAUAACUUAAACGCAACGAAUUGACUUAAAAAUGCCUUGUUUUUAUAACGGCAACUAGUUUUAAAGUAAGAAGAUUUUGAUCAUCUAAUGAGAUGUAGAGAAACACGAAGCAUAUAUCUUGGAGCUUCUCGAAAAGAGUAUGGAUGACCUUAGGGUGCAUAAAAUGGCAUAAAAUAUACUCUGAUGACUUGGUAAGUUAUAGUUGCCAACGUGACGUUAUAACGUUCACUCUAGUCCGAUAUAAGUUCUGUCCCCUUUUCAUUUUGGGCAUCUAGAUUACCCCGUAUUAUAAUAUCAUUUGAAGAUUUUUAACCAACAUAUCAAAAGACACUACAUAAAGAAUAUAAGAAUUUUCAUUAUUUAUACCUAUUAUGCGUUAUUCAAAUGUCUAUUGAUUGAUUGAUUGGUACAAAGAAACAGUGCUCGCGCACUCUAUUAUGUUUGAAAUUGUUGACUUUUGCUAUUGGUAUGUCGUUAUGUGAUUGUGUAACUUCCAAGGUGUUCAUGUGAAGACUGUAUUAUUUUGAAUGUUGAACAUUAAACGAAGUCACAAGCUAUUUGUCGUUGUGAUGAUUUUGUUGAUGUCCUUUUGUGAUACUUGUUAAUAAAGCCAUCUUAUAUACA